CGGUACGAAAAGAAAAGGUUGUGAUCUAGCGUAGUUUUUUAUUGAUUUCAUUCGGAUUUGGAUUGGAAAUUACCGCCCGGAGCUGCGGUUUGGCAACGUUCUCAGCGGCAUUUCGUUGGCGUGGCGUGAGCACGCAACCACACACACUCACGCACGCACUGAACGAGAGCGAGAGACAGUGACAGAGCGACAGGCAACUGGCCCACUGGAGACUGGACAAUCCAAUCCAAUCCAAUCCAAUCCACAAUCGACACUCCGCCAGAGAACACUCGACGUGCACAGCGCCAGAGCAGCUUAGCCAGAGGAACUUAGAACUUAGACCGGAAUCAUGGCGUGGCGCUUCAAGGCUUCCAAGUACAAAAAUGCCGCACCCAUUGUGCCCAAGGCGGAGGCCUGCGUCCGCGAGAUCUGCGUGGGUAGCUAUCAGACUUAUGGCAACAAUAUCGCCGCCUCGGCCGCCUUUAUGGCCUUCAAUUGGGAGCAUACCGGCUCCAGUGUCGCUGUCCUGCCGUUGGACGAUUGCGGACGCAAGAGCAAGACGAUGCCGCUCCUCCAUGGCCAUACGGACACAGUGACAGAUCUCAAGUUCUCGCCCUUCCAUGACGGUCUACUGGCCACCGCUUCGCAGGAUUGUCUGGUCAAGAUCUGGCACAUCCCAGAAAAGGGCCUCGAACAGUCGCUCUCCGAUCCGGAGGCCGUCUUUUCACACAAGCAACGACGCGUGGAAACCGUCGGCUUCCAUCCCACGGCCGAUGGCCUGAUGUACUCCACAGCCGCCGGCUGUGUGGCUCUCUUCGAUCUCAGCACCCAAAAGGAGAUCUUCUCAAACAAUGAACAUCCCGAGGUGAUCCAAUCGGCCAGUUGGCGUGAAGAUGGCUCCGUUUUGGCCACCAGCUGCAAGGACAAGUGCGUGCGUAUCUUUGAUCCCAGGGCCACCGGCUCGCCCAUACAGAUGACCGCUGAAUCGCAUCAGAGCAUCAAGGACUCGCGUGUAGUGUGGCUGGGCAAUCAGACGCGCAUCCUGACCACCGGCUUCGAUGCGGCCCGCUUGCGUCAGGUGAUCAUCCGCGAUAUACGCAACUUUGGUACACCCGAGAAAACCCUGGAAUUGGACUGCUCCACGGGUGUACUAAUGCCCCUGUUUGAUCCGGACACAAAUAUGCUAUUCCUGGCCGGAAAGGGUGACACAACAAUUAAUUACUUGGAAGUUACGGACAAGGAUCCGUAUUUCAUUGAGGGUCUUCGUCACACCGGCGAACAGACAAAGGGGGCAUGCCUGGUGCCGAAGAGAGCGCUGAAGGUCAUGGAGGCUGAGGUGAAUCGUGUGCUGCAGCUGACUUCUAACAUGGUCAUACCCAUUAUGUACCAAGUGCCACGAAAGACAUACCGGGAUUUCCAUGCUGAUUUGUAUCCAGAGACCUCGGGCUAUAAGACGGAACUUGUGGCCGGCGAGUGGCUGAAUGGCAGCAACCAGGCAGUGCCCAAGAUGAGCCUGGAUCCUGCCAAGCGUGAGAAUGGCGAUGAGCCAAUUAUUAUCCAUCGCGGCAAUCUCAGUGAUUUGGUUAAGAAUCUAGAGAAUCAGCGCUCCAAGGGCAACCCCAAUACCAUUGCCACAAAGCCACUGGCCAAGCGCAACGACAACGAGCACUUUGUGAUGCUCAGCAAGGGCAACAAUUUCGAGGAGAAGAACGGCAACGACAACAGCAACCACAGCAAUGGCAAGAAGGGCAGCAUUUUGCCCGUCCAAACCCAGCCCGAUGGCGAGUGCAGUGAGCUCAUACGCAAGUUCGAGGCCAAAUACAAGGUGGAUUCCGAGAAGGAGAAGGCUCAGUCCCAGCCCCAGUCCCAGGAGGAUGAUAAGGAAUCACCCACCGAGCAGGAGCAUUCGACUGGCAGCAGCGAGGAGGUAUCCUCAUCGGCGGCCAGUGGCAGCCAUUCGCCGCCCAAGCCCAUGCCGCGCACAUCGCGCAACAAUUCCCUGCCGGAGGCAGCCAGCGAUUCCGCUGGGGAGAACAGCGGCAGCGGCACUCCACGCCCCAGGCCACGCACCACCGCAGCGGCGGCCUAUAAGCCACGUCUGGGUCCGAAGCCUUUCUCCAGCACCUCGGGGGAUGUGUCAUUCGACAAGGUCUUUGCCGUGCCUUUGGCCCCAGGCUCCCAUGAGAACAUCUCCAGCGUGGGCCAGGACAACAGCAGUGGCGGAGCCAUGGAAAUAAUACCCGCAGAGGGUUGUCCCAAGCCGGAUCUAAUUGUGAAUAUUGAAAUUAAAGCUCGUGGUGCUCCAGCCGUGGCCCCAGCAACGGGCAACGGCGUACAGAUAUCUUUGACCACCUCGGAGCGACGCAAGUCCUCGGCCGACGAUGAUGAAUCAUCCGACAAGAUAUUCGAACAGAACUCCGAGUCAUCGGGCAACUCCACGGAGGGCGAGGAGCGUGUGGAUGGCAAUCUGCAGAGGGCAACCUCCACCAGAAGCAGCAUUGCCGAGCGUCGUCGCCUGUACGAGAGCCGUUCCAAGAGCCAGGUGGACGAGAAGGCCCAGUCGCCAGUGCCAUUGCGUCGCGAGCACUCCAAGGUGGAACCCUUGAAGACCAGCAGCCAACAGCUGCAGGCCAACAACUCGAUUGAUCCCAAGCGCAUCUCGGUGCCGGAGGGCAAGCUGCUGGAGGAGCACCGCCGCGGCAAUGGCUCUGCCACGGCUCUGGGUCUCAAGAAAUCCGCCACGGAGGCGACAUUCACCAAGCGCACCUCCACCGUCUUUGGAAAGGUGUCCAAGUUCCGGCAUCUGAAGGGCACACCCGGCCACAAGUCGACGCACAUUGAGAAUUUGCGCAAUUUAAGCCGCCAGAUACCGGGCGAAUGCAAUGGCUUCCAUGCCAAUCAGGAGCGCGUGGCCGUGCCGCUCUCUGGACCCGGUGGCAAGAUUGCCAUCUUCGAGCUAAGCCGACCGGGCAGGCUAAUGGACGGGGUUAUACCAUCGCUGGUGAACGGCAGCAACAUCAUGGACUUCCAGUGGGAUCCAUUUGAUGCCCAGCGCCUGGCCGUGGCCUGUGACGAUGGCAUCGUAAAGCUCUGGCACAUCGGUGGGGGAUUAAGUGAGCCAACCAAUACGCCAGCUGGCGAGCUGACCGCUCAUCUGGACAAGAUCUACUUUAUACGCUUCCACCCGUUGGCCGCGGAUGUCCUGCUGACUGCCAGCUACGACAUGACCAUCAAGCUGUGGGAUUUGCGUACGUUGAGCGAGAAAUGCUCCCUCUCUGGCCACACCGAUCAGAUCUUUGACUUUGCCUGGAGUCCAUGUGGCCGUCUGGGCGCCACCGUUUGCAAGGAUGGCAAGAUUAGGGUCUACAAUCCACGUAAAUCGGAGACCCCCAUACGGGAGGGCAACGGACCGGUGGGCUCACGCGGAGCACGCAUCACCUGGGCCCUGGAUGGACAGUACAUUGUCUGCACAGGCUUUGACAAGGUUUCGGAGCGACAGAUAAGCGUGUACAAUGCCCAGAAACUGGCUGCUCCUUUGAACACGGCCAGCUUGGAUGUAUCGCCCUCGAUACUCAUUCCCUUCUAUGACGAGGACAGCUCCACGCUGUUUGCCACCGGCAAGGGCGAUUCCACCAUCUACUGCUACGAGAUCACCGAUGAGGAGCCAUACAUCUGCCCGUUGUCGCACCAUCGCUGCACCUCGCUGCACCAGGGCCUCAGCUUCCUUACCAAGAACCACUGCGAUGUGGCCAGCGUGGAGUUUUCCAAGGCCUAUCGCCUGACCAAUACCACCAUUGAGCUCAGCUUCACAGUGCCGCGCAUUAAGAGCGAGCUCUUCCAAGACGAUCUGUUCCCACCCACGCGCAUCACCUGGAGCGCCACGCUGAGCGCCGAAGAUUGGUUUGCCAGCAAUGAUAAGGCAGCGCCCAAGAUCAGCCUCAAGCCGGAGGGCAUGGAGACACUCUCUUCUAUACAACAAGUGCCGGUGGCCGCCAAGAAGUCGGAUCAUCAGCAGUUUGGUGGCCAAAAAUCGGAUUACGAGACCAACAAGCAACAGGAGAUCCAAAAGUCGGUCAGUGCGCGCAUGGAGUUCACCACCAAGCUGGAGCAGGACGACAUGGAGGGUGUGGAUGAGAACGAGUGGCAGGAGUAGCGCCGAGCUGGCGCCCAGAGAGAUCAGUUCACAAUUUAGCGUAUAAAGAAAGGAAAGAAUGAAAAUCAACAAGCAAUCCUAGACAUGACAAAGGCAGCAGACGACGACAUCAAGACUCGAAAGCAAGCAAGCACACUCUCUAGCACACACCAAACACCCGGUACACACCCCAGGCCUAAUCCUAAUCCUACUCCUAAUCCUUCUCCCCCUCCACCAUCACCACCUUCCCCCAUUAACUGCAUUUGCUCAAUAAUUGCCAAACUAACAAUCGUAAGCAAAUCUUGUUUUUGUUUUAAUAUUUUACAUUAUUUUACAUUUAACAUUUUACAUUUAUUAUUGUGUUUUCCCUUUUUUUUAAUGUAUGUUUUGUGUUGUAAAUCGUGCUAUUUAAGUAGUUAGUCGAAAAUCUAGUUUAGCCCAACUUACGCUUAGUUUUUCCCUGAUUUCUCUUUCCCAGUUUCGAUUCGUGGCCAUAUACAUAUAUAUAUAUAUAUAUAUAUAUUAUAUGAUAUAUAUUUUUAAUAAUGUGCGAAUGUGUGCGUGUUUUUUAUGUACUUUUCCCUCGCAAGAGAGAGAGAGAGAUAGAGAAAGUGUGUGUGUCUGCCUGUUGCCUUCUCUUUCACCUUCAUUUUCCACCACAACUCUUCUAGUCUUGAACAUAGCUCGAUCCCUAUACCAUCCACCACCCACCCAUUCCUUUCCCCAGAAACAAACAUAGACUGUGGCCGAAGAAAAUGCGUAAAGACAAUUGUUUUCGAUGACGUUUAAUUGUAUUAAUAGGUAAAUCAGUAAAUCAAACACUAAAGCCAAGAAUCAAACAGGAAAAGCGACUAAACAACUGAGAAGAAUUCCAAGAAUACUAUAUAUAUUCCAAAAUGUAUAACGAAAAGACUUGAACAGCGGAUCCCUGCUCUGCCAAUCCCUAAUUAACGCCCUAAGCCCAAAGCCCUCUACUAACUGAACAAUAUGACAGAGGAUACUAUGUGUGUGUGAUGAUGAGAAAGGAUGCCACUCGAGUAGCAAACACAAUGAUUACCAAUUACCCAUAGCGUUUUUUGUACUUGCAAUAGAAUAUAAAUGUACUUUUAUACACGAA